UUGGCCGUAGCAAAGCCAUCUAGUUUCAAACUAAGUCAUAAUAAUUCAUAUGACAAAGUUAAUUCUUGUCCACAUGUGCACAUUUCCCAAACCCUAUCAUCAUUCAUUUUACUAUAAAAAAACUCUAAAUAUUAUUCAUCAACUUCUAAAAACAAAACUAGACUUUAUCAACUCUUCAACCACAAAAAAAAAAAAAAAAAAAAAAGAACUUCAUUUCUUUCUUUGAAUCAAGUCAUUUCACUAUGAAGAACAAUCUUUAUAGGAAAAACACAAUUCAUCCAAUGACAUCAUCUUUAGUAUUACAAGACCAACUUUCUUUGUUAUUACCAACUACAAUCUUGACACUAACAACAUCUUUAUCUCAAGAAGACAAACAAAUAUUGUCAUACUUAAUCUCUUGUUCUUCUACCAACUUCUCCAACAACCUAGGAAACUGUGCCACUCAUAACAACAACAACAACAACAACAAAAGUUGUUAUUGUUUCAAUUGUUAUAUGAGUUAUUGGGUGAAAUGGGAUUCAUCUCCUAAUAAUCAACUUAUUCAUGAGAUUAUUGAUGCUUUUGAAGAUAUGGUUUUGAAGAAGAGAAAAGGUAAAAACAAGAAACAAAAGAAGAAUAAGAAUAGAAGUACUUGUGAUGUUAGAAAAAAAUAUGAAUAUUUGGAGGAAAAUUCAACAAGCCAUGAUGGUGAUAGAGAAGAAGAAUUUGGAAAGGGUAAAGGCUCUAUUAGAAAAUUUGUAAGUUUUAUUGGUGAAAGUUUUUGGAAUGUUUGGCAUGUUUGAAAAAAAAAAAUAUUAAGGUAAUUUUGGAGAAGCUUAGGUUGGUUUUGUUAGCAGGUGUUCGGUAGUCGUACUGGAAUUCGAUGAAAUAUGAAGUGUCAUAAUGGGGUAAGAGCAUCUUAUGAAGGAGAUUUCGUAUUCCUCUGAUCAAGGAUGAAGGAACAGUUAUCAUUCCACCGCUGUCCUUGUCGAUGGUAUUGUUCAUUUUCUUUUUUAUGUUUUUUAUCUGGUGUUUGGUACUUGUAUUGGGGCUCGAUGAAGUCUGAAUUAGUGUCAGUUGGGGGCAAGCGCUUCCUAAUAAAGGAGACUUCGUACUCAAAGCUCGUAUUUGAAACAUCUAAUUAAGGAUAAAGGAGUAGCUAUCAUUUCAUCAGCGGGGGCGGAGCCACCUCUAGCUUAUACUAUUUAUUUUUAUGUAUAUAGAGUUGACGUUGAAACUUCUUCAAUUAGUUCGUAUAUUUACUUCUAAACCCCUUCGGCUAAUUCAUAUGUUUGCUUUUGAACCUCUUCAACUAGUUCGUAUGUUUAUUG